AUGCUUCCAAGAAUCUCUUCUCUCUCUCGUUUUCGUCUUCUUCAUCACAUGGGUACCACCACCUCUCUCUCUUCUUUGUCUUUUCCACUUCACUGUCAUUGCACCAAAGCAACUAACUUUGAUCAUGAAUUUGAUUCGCAUAGCAACAGAACCCAGUUCCUGAAUUCAUUGAGAAACCAAUUCCAAUCAGGUAAACUGAAAAACAUUCAUCAAGCUUUGAACUUUUUUCAUAUUAUGGCUGGAAUGAACCCUUUGCCUUCUGUACUAGACUUUACUUUGUUAUUAGGGUUUAUUGUGCGGAUGAAGCAUUACACAGCUGCUAUAUCUUUGGUUAAACAAAUGUAUUCUUCUCUAGGUAUAAAGCCUGAUACUUUUACUCUCAAUGUUGUUAUUAAUUCACUUUGCCAUUUAAAGUUGGUUGCUUUUGGAUUUUCUGUUUUGGGGACUAUGUUUAAACUUGGUAUUGAGCCUUCUGCUGUGACUUUUACGAGUCUUGUUAACGGGUUUUGCGUUCGAGGCGAUGUGGGUCGGGCCGUGGAGUUGGUUGAGCGUAUGGAAAAGAUGGGGUGUCGGUCUGAUGUUAAAACUUAUGGGGUGUUGAUUAAUGGGUUAUGUAAGAUGGGGGAAACUUCUGAAGCUGUUGGGUGGUUAAGGAAGAUGGAAGAGAGAAAAUGGAACCCUAAUGUGGUUGUUUAUAGCAUAAUUAUGGAUGGUUUAUGCAAGGAUGGAUUUGUAUCCGAGGCGUUAAAUUUGUGUUUGGAAAUGAGUAGCAAAGGUAUUCGGCCUAAUCUUGUGACUUACACUUGCUUAAUUCAAGGUCUUUGUAAUUUCAGCCGUUGGAGAGAGGCUGGCUUGUUGUUGGAGGAGAUGAUGAGACUGGGAACGAUGCCGGAUUUGCAAACACUUAACAUUUUAGUAGAUGCUUUAUGCAAAGAAGGUAAAGUUAUGCAGGCGAAAAGUGUGAUUGGGUUUAUGAUUAUGUUAGGGGAAGCGCCAGAUGUGUUUACCUAUAACUCUUUGAUUGAUAGAUAUUGUUUGCAAAAUCAAAUGAAUGAGGCCACAAGAGUAUUUGAACUAAUGGUUAAUAGGGGUUGUUUACCGGACAUUGUUGCUUAUACUUCACUCAUCCAUGGGUGGUGUAAGAGUAAAAACAUUUAUAAAGCUAUGCACCUCUUGGAUGAAAUGAUUAAGGUUGGAUUUACUCCCGAUGUUGUCACAUGGACCACUCUAAUAGGUGGAUUUUGUCAAGUCGGAAAACCGUUAGCUGCAAAGGAGCUAUUUUUAAAUAUGCACAAAUACGGGCAAGUUCCGAAUCUUCAAACUUGUGCUGUUAUAUUGGAUGGACUAUGUAAAUGCCAACUUCUUUCUGAGGCAUUGCCGUUGUUUCGGGCAUUAGAGAAGAGUAAUCUAGAUCUUAAUAUUGUGAUUUAUAGCAUUAUACUUGACGGAAUGUGCGAUGCUGGAAAACUGAAUGCUGCAUGGGAUCUUUUUUCCUGUUUGCCAGCUAAAGAUUUGCAAAUUAAUGUUUAUACUUAUACCAUUAUGAUUAACGGUUUCUCUAAACAAGGAAUGUUGGAUAAAGCUGAAGAGUUACUAAGAAAUAUGGAAGAGAAUGGUUGCAUGCCUAAUAGCUGCACUUACAAUGUCUUUGUCCAAGGUUUGGUAGGAAAAAGAGAGACUGCAAGGUCAAUAAAAUACCUUACAGUGAUGAGAGACAAAGGUUUUUCUGUAGAUGCUACCACCACAGAAAUGAUUAUCAACUACUUAUCCGCUAACGAAGGAGAUAAUGGAUUUCGAGAAUUUUUGUUUCCAAAAUAA